AGAAAGCAAUGACUCGUUUGAACUCCGAGCAGGUACUGAAAGACAACAAUGCCGCCGAUCCAAGUUCAAUUUCCAGUCUUCAACUCACUCACAAAGCUCUUUCCGAUGUAUCAUGCUUGGCCAGCUUCAAUAACUUGGAAAAGCUUGACCUCAAGUUCAACAAUCUCAUUACACUUGAGGGAUUGAGGGCAUGUGUUAAUUUGAAAUGGCUAUCAGUUGUGGAAAACAAAUUAGAAAGCUUAGAAGGAAUUCAAGGGCUUACUAAGCUCACUGUACUAAAUGCAGGAAAAAAUAAACUUAAAUCUAUGGAUCAGAUUGAGUCACUUGUUACCCUCCGUGCGCUCAUUCUGAAUGAUAAUGAGAUUAACUCCAUUUGCAAACUUGAUCAGAUGAAAGAAUUGAAUACUCUUGUUCUAUCCAAAAAUCCUAUUCGUAAAAUUGGUGAUGCUCUGAAGAAUGUGAAAUCCAUCACAAAGCUCUCCCUUUCUCAUUGUCAGCUUCAAGGUAUCGACAGUUCCCUCAAGUCUUGUGUUGAAUUGACCGAGCUUCGUCUUGCUCACAAUGAGAUUCAGUCUCUCCCAGAUGAAUUAACGCACAAUUCAAAGCUUCGGAAUUUAGAUUUGGGGAAUAAUGAGAUCACUAGAUGGUCAGAACUAAAGGUGCUCAAAUCACUCACAAAACUGAGAAAUCUAAAUUUACAAGGAAAUCAUGUUGCUACAGUUGAGAAAGUUUUAGGAAAGAUUAAGAAAGCACUGCCAACGCUACAAGUAUUCAAUGCCAAACCAAUAGACAAAGAUACCAAGACUAAGCGAGGUCACAUGGUUGAUGAUGUUAAUGAUUUUUCAUUAGAUCAUGCUGGUCAAGAUUUGAGAGAUAGCACCAACGAGAAAAAGAGUGCAAAAUUUCAUCCGAUAGGUCAAAAUGAGGGUGAUACUUUUGAAACUUCCGACGAAAGAAAGUCUGGUAAAAAGAGAAAGAAAACUGUUGAUGUAUCCGAGAAGGAAGUCAAGAAGGACAAUGAAGAUAGGAAGAAAGACAAACUUACAGAAACUGUUGAUCCUGACGCGAAUAAUAAAUCAACUAAGAAAAAACUAAGAAAGGAUGACAAGCCCUCGCACAAGGCUUUGUCUCUUGAAGAGAAUGUUAAUAGGACUGAGAAGAAAACGAAGAAGAAUCAGAAGAACGAGGAACAAAGUGAAUUUGAUAUCAUUGAUGAUGCAGAAACUUCAUUUGUGGAGUUUUUUAACAUGAAGGGUGCAGAAAAUCAGAAUCAUGGUGGUGAAAUGAAAUUACAGGACCUAGUGCCUAAGGAUUUGAAAUUGGCGGACAGCAAAGUGACCUCAUCUGUUAAGCAUAAAAGUGCGAAAAUGCGUAACACGGAGUCUCUAUCAUCUCCAGUAACAGAAAUCGGAAUGGGAGGGCCAUCGACAUGGGACGAUUAGUGAUAAGAUGUUGAAACAUACUAAUUUUCUUUAAACCUACAAAUUUUGAUUCUUUGACUCAGCUACCAAUUUUCUCAUUAUUCAGGGUGAGCCCAGUUAUUUUCUGCUUCAGUUCCUGGCUAUUUUUGCUAUGCUCUGCACAUCAGAUUCAGGUGAUGAUGGUCUCUUUGGAUUCAAAUAACAUAUUUCCUGCCCUUUCCAUUAUUUAAUGAGUUGUUUGCAAUCAGUUACUUCUAAUAAAUUUUUUCACCAUGUUUCAUGCCCCUCUCCCCUUUUUGCAUCGCUAGUGAGAUGCAACUAGAAGUUGUUGUUACUAUCCAAAAGGAGUUUAAAUUUUCUUGUUACUCUUCCUACUUACCGUGAACUAAAACUGUAUAAUUGUAAUCUUCGUCCAAAUGUAAUAAUAUAAAUGUGAACCACUAGCUAAUGCAAUUACGUCUUGGACAUCUA